AUGGGAGGCUGUGUUAAGGCGCCUAGAAUCCGAUCGAAGAAUUUAAUUAGUAUUAUUUUCUGCGAAGCAAACGCUAUUUAUGGGAUCAUCAUUGCUGUUAUCCUUAUCAACAAAGUGUCUGCCAGUGGUUACGUCGAUGGGAACUUGCGUCCUGAUUAUGACAUUGCCUCAAUGUAUUUUGCUGGCUAUGCGAUCUUCAGCGCAGGUCUUAGUGUGGGUUUGUCGAAUAUUACGAGCGGCUUGUCCGUUGGUAUUUGUGGGUCUAGUUGCGCGCUGAGUGAUGCCCAGAACGGAGAGCUCUUUGCGAAGAUGCUUAUUGCGCAGAUUUUUGCAUCGGCUCUUGGAAUUUACGGCAUUAUCAUUGGAAUUAUCGUCAGUAACUUUGGUCAGUUCCCGAAUUAA